AUGUUCCGGCAAGCCACCGCCAACGUUACUUUGUCCGACGGCACCAAGAUUCCAAAGGGUCACACUGUCGCAGUCUCGACGGAACGAAUGAGGGACCCGGCAUUCUACGAGAACCCCAAUGAGUUUGACGGCUACCGUUUCCUACGUAUGCGGGAGAGCGGUAAGCCAGGGCAAGAGGCUGCUGCUCAGCUGGUGACCACGAGCGUCAACCAUCUUGGUUUCGGCCAUGGGGAGCACAGCUGUCCGGGACGCUUCUUUGCGGCCAGUGAGGCAAAGAUCAUCAUCGCUCAUCUGCUCCUGAAGUACGAUUGGAAGUAUGACAACUCUUACAAGAUUAAGUUGCGGAAGCACGGAUUUGCGGAGGAAGCCGACCCAGACCUCAAGGUUAUUUGCAAGCGCCGAGAUGUGUCAGUUCCUUUGUAA